AUGGAGGCUUCUGGUAGUGAUUCUGGUUUCAACAAGAUGUUCAAAGUGUUCAAACUGGAUCGAUUUGAUGGCUCAAAUUUCACCCGCUGGAAAGACAAAUUGCUGUUCUUUCUCACGGAGUUGGGAAUAGCAUAUCUGCUGAGUUCUGAUCUUACUGCAAUGCCAGAACCUACUGCUGAAGAUUCUGACGAAAUUAAGGCGGCACGCAAAAAACGUGAAGAUGAUGAGGUGCGCUGUAGAGGUUUCAUUUUAAACUCACUUUCUGAUCGUUUAUAUGAUUUGUUCCGUCCUCACAAAUCACCACAAGAAAUCUGGAAAGCCUUGGAACAGAAAUAUACUGCUUUGAAGCAAGGAACGGACAGAUUCCUUGGAAUGAAAUUUUUUGAAUUUCAAAUGAUAGAUGGGAAAUCUGUCAUGGAACAGGUUGAUGAGUUGCUGGUUUUGAUAUCUAGACUCAAAGAUUUUAAAGUCGAUGUUUCUGAAUCUCUUCAAGUGGCUGCUAUACUUGCAAAAUUACCAGCCACUUGGAAUGACUAUAGGAAGAAAUUAUUACAUUCUUCCGAAGACUUUAAUGUGGACCAAUUGACAAAGCAUAUUCGGAUUGAAGAAGAGUCACGAAAAUGUGAAAAUAAAUAUGCUGCGGAAACUAGUUCAAAGGUGAAUUAUGUUGAGUCUAGUAAGGCAAACAACUCAGGAAAAUCUGAAAACAAGGCUGGAAAGAAGAGAAAGUUUGAGGCUGCUCCAAAGGAAAAUUCUUCUAACAUUAAGAAAGGUCCAUGUUAUACUUGCGGAAAAAUGGGUCAUUUAAGAGAGAUUGUCGAUUUCGUAAGAGACAGAAAAAUGAAGAAAAUGCUAGACAGAAGAGGGUAA